CUUCAGUAUAGUCACCCUGAGUAGAGGGAGGUGAAUUCAUAACAAACCUGUCACAUCCGUUCCCUUGAAACUCAAAGGCCCCUGGGAUAAGGCCAAUUUACCCUGGGUUAGAGCCGAAUUCGGGCACAUCCACCAUGACAUCGGGAUCUCAAGAUAAAGAUACCAACUCGGUCAAGACUCAAAGUCACUUGUCGCUCCUGAAAGCCGAGUUGACCAAACUCCAAUGGAAAUAUCAAGAAUUGCAACGAGAACACGCCAUUCUGUGUGCCCAAUCGCCUCAUUCCCAAAAUGACUCGUUUCCCUCGCGAUUACUGCAAAUUGUGGCCAAACUUCAUAAGCAGACCCAAUACAGUGAUUUGCAAAUUGACUUUGCCGAUGGAUCCGAGCCUGCCCAUCGAUUUGUGCUUUCCGCACGUUCGGACAUUUGGAAAUUCUUGGACGACAAUCAGAAUCUUGAUUGGACCGACAUGGAGCCAAUUGUGGGUCGAUCUUUACUAGCUUGGAUCUAUACAGAUCGUGUCGAUUUUAAAGCCAUCUCUGAUCCGGAUAGGUUCACCUUGUCGCUCAUGAAGAUUGGCAAGUCGUUCCAGUUAUUGGAACUACUCCAGUAUUGUCAGGAUUACCUUAUGGGAUCUGUGAAAUCCACCAAUUGCAUCCAAUACUAUGCCACUGCCGACGACAUUGGAGCUCAAGCUUUGAAAGAGCAUUGCUUCGCCCUCAUUUCCACACAUUGGAAUGAAUUCGGUUCCGAGGAUUUCGCUGAAAUGACGGCACCGUUGCUUUAUUCAAUGCUGAAAUCUAAAUCCACCCAUCCACUUCAUGAGGCAAUCCGUUUACGACGAGAGGAUGUGGUUCUACUUUACAUGAUUGAAUUCAACCACGAGCUCUCAUCUUUUGUAAACCGUCCAGAUGAAGAGGAUAAGCUGCCUUUGGAUAUCGCGUUGUCCACGAAACAAUCGGGUAUCGCAUCCACACUCAUCGACCAUCGGGCCAAUGUGGAUCAAUCCAAUGGGAAUGGAUGGAACUUGAUCCAUCUUGCGAUUGACAGGGAUGAUGUCUUUGCUCUGGAGUUCUUGUUAGACAAUAACGUGAAUGUCAAUGCCUUCACGCCCCAAGAAAAGAACACGGCCCUUCAUUUGUUGGCUGAUUAUCCAGGCCUUUCACCAAUGGCGGUGAAGGUCAUCGCCAAAGGGGCCAAUGUGAACGCUCAAAAUAGCGAGAACUUCACUCCGUUGCAUUUGGCCAUCCAACGUGGGAACGGAGAAUUCAUUGAUGUGCUUUUGGAGCACGGCGCUUCCACGGAAAUCAAAUCCUCGGCUGGAUUUCCUCCCCUUUGGUACGCAUUGAAGGCUUUGGAGGAUCAGACCACUGGAUCCAAUGGGAAAGGGACUAAUCUCCCGGAAAAGCUGAUCGCUGCAGGAGCCUCUGUGUCUACCGUUUGCGAUAAGCUGGGUAACUCUCUCCUUCAUUUCUGUGCGUUCAAUAAACUGGAAAGAUCUGGCCUUCUUCUUCUGGAACACAGUUGCGAUUUCCGACGAGCUAAUGCCAAAGGAGAGACUCCACUUCAUUUGUCCGCUCAAUGGGGUUUGGAGUCGAUGACUCGACAAUUAUUAGAUCUGGGGGCUAAUGCUAAUGCCCAAACAAUAAUGAGCGAAGAGAACGCCAUCUACCGACAAACUCCAUUGCAUCUGGGUAUUUUGAACCGGAAGAUUGGGGUGAUCCAGGCAAUUAUUCAAAAGUAUACACAUAUGGAGGGUGAUUCGAUAGAGAAGCGCCCCAAUCUGGAUUUGAAAAACUCGGAAGACCAAACUCCUCUGAGCUUGGCAUUGAAUCAAGGCUUACAUGAUAUUGCGAUGGAUUUGUUAAAAGGUGGAGCCAGCGUGAAUGUUAUGAGUAACAAAGGUUUGACCUUGCUACACAACGCUAUUUCGCAAGGAGAUUCGGAGGGAGCCAUAUUCUUGCUCAAUCACGGAGCCGAUAUUGAUUUAAAGACAAUGAAUGGAGAGUCUCCCAUUGAGUUAGCCAUCAAGAAACAUCUGCCCUCAGUUGUGGAAUGUUUGUGCCGAAAAGGGGCCAAUUUGUCAGUUUCCAGUGCAUCUGCUGAAGUUCCAUUGUGGCUGGCGCUAACCGAAGAUUUGGACACCGCCCAAAUUCUAGUUCAACACGGAGUGGACACCGAUGCCUGGUCACUAGGACCAGAUCAUUGUCUUCAAACUUUGCUUCAUAAGGCAAUUGACGAAAAUCUUGAAGAUAUUGCUUGCUUUUUGAUUCGGGCUGGCUGCGAUCUGAACAGUCCCCGCAAAGAGGGACCGAAUGGAAAGGGUGGGGAGGAAGCCCAUGACCUGAUGACCCCAUUGCAUCUGUGUUGUCAGUGGGGUCUGGAAAAAACGGUCCAAGUUCUAUUGGAACAUGGGGCCAACAUUAACUACAGGGAUGUUGAAGGCAAGACCCCAUUGCAUAUUGCCAUAGAAAAUUCUCACCAUCCCAUCAUCAACCUUUUGUUAUCCAAUGGUCGGACGCUUGACCUUACAACCAGGGAUAAGUCAGGUCUUUCCCCAUUUGCUACAGCUAUGACUUUUAGGAACAAUAUGGCAGCUCAAAGCAUUCUAGCUAUACACCCCCAAGCAGCCGAACAAUAUGACAAUCGUGGAAGGAACUUCCUUCACACUGCAAUCAUGAAAAAUGAUCUGGAGAGUGUCUUGUUCCUCUUGUCUAUUCAUGUGAACGUCAAUUCUCGGACCCAAGACGCCAAUCUACUAACGCCGCUUUUACUCGCAAUUCAAACAGGCAAUGAGAUGAUUGUUCGAAAUUUGAUCUUAGCCGGAGCUGAAGUUGAGGCUAGAAAUACAUCCAAUCAAAGUGGUCUCCAUGUGGCAGCUGAAAACAACCUUCCUGUGAUUUGUGGGGUUCUGAUCAAUGAAGGGGUGGAUGUGAAUGCCCUUGACAAUCGAGAAAACAACGCCCUUCAUUUGGCAGUUAAAGAGGGUCAUUUAGAGGUUAUUAAGGUUCUCCUAACUGAAUCGAAUAUCAACGCACAAGCCAUCAAUUCAAAAGGUCGGAAUCCGUUGCACGUCUUAGCAGUAUUUGGCAAAGAGAACUCUUCUGGUGUCUUCGAUUUGCUCCUCGAGUCCAUUCCACAAUUUCCAAUCAACAAACCGGAUCUGGAGGGAAAUUCUCCUCUACUCAUUGCUUACUCCAAAGGCAAUGGUAACCUUUGUCGUUCCUUGGUGAAAAGUGGAGCAGUUCUAGGCUCUGUGAACCACGAAGGAAUUUCCAUCUUCAAUAGUGAAGUUGCUACCAAACAGCUGCUUUAUGGGCUACUCGAUUUCUUGAGUGCCGAACCAAAAUGGGGCGAAGGCGAUUAUUGUCAAGAAUGUAAUGCCAAAUUUGGCAUCACUACCAGGCGACAUCAUUGCCGCCAUUGUGGUCGCCUGGUUUGUGCGAAAUGCUCCGAUAAAGACACGCCCAUUUUGAAGUACAACCUUACCAAGCCGGUUCGAGUGUGUGAUAUUUGCGCAGAUGUGCUCACCGUUGGACCUGGAAUGGUGGGAUCAUGAUGAUGAAGACGUCUGGUUAUUGGAACCCGCUGGAUUCUGAUGCCUUGGAUACUUUGAGAUUGUCUGAUUUAUUUUUUAAGGUUAUAAUCCUAAUCAAAGUGGAGAUCCUGGCCGAAAUAAGGAGCAACGUGGCUUUUAGUGAUAUGAUAUGACUAUGAGUUAAAAGCAUGAUAGAGAUCUCAUAAAUAAACCAGGAAACACAAUUUUAUCACCUUG